GAACUUUCUUUCCUUCCCAAAAUCGAAUGAGUGAGGAAUGAGAGUGAGUGGAAAGAGAACCUGUCGCUCUCAGCCGUGCCUAAAAGCCCGGCUGUUCCACAAAGCCUAAUUCCACUGGCCUGGCUUGGCGUAAGAUCCACAAAGAUCGAAAGAGAAGAGAGGAAUCGCGAACGUGACAACCAGAAUAUGAAGGUAUUUGUUCCCAUUAUUCUGCUCAUUUCUGCUGACGAAUUUUUGACAUUGGAAACUCGAGAAGGGGAACAUAGAGACUGAAGGUGCGGUAGACCUCUCCUUGCCAGUCUCCGUGUGAGGAGGAUCUACACACAUACACAUAUCGAUUUUCUAGUCCAUAUGGAGUGGUAUUGACACAGCUAGCGUCAUGUCGAGAUCGUCUUCCCAACAACCUUUAUUCAGUGCAGGCUCGCAAGGCACAUCGGGAAGUUUCAAAAGUGGAUUCAACCACCUCAAUGACAUCUUCAGUGAGUUCACCAAGCACAUUGCCCCUUCUUAUCACCAUGAACGGCCAGAGAGAUCGAUCCAAAUGCGGCUGUACACCAUGCACAAAGGUCAACACCUCCUCAUAUUCAUCAUGUUCGUUUGCCUGUUCUUCAUUGCUUUGCUUAUGGGUAUGGCUGGACCUCGAAUCAUUACAGAGCACGCGGAAAAGGCCACCACCUUGAGGUCGCACAACAAUCAAACCAAUAUGCCUCAAGGCCCCUUUCACAUAGUGACACCCAAACUUAGUGCAUAUCGUCAACAGCUCUGGAUUUCGGCCGCACUGAUCACCAAAGAAAAAGGUCAGGAGACCUUCACAAAGACCUGCAACGUCUUGGUGGAGGUUGAAGGCCUGAUGGAUAAGAACAGGAAGCGUUUGGUGGGCGGCAAAGGCCAUGAACGGUCCAGAACUGUUCGCUGCGAUGAUCAGAAGUGCGAUCCAUUCAUCGUCAUGCAUCUCGGAGUCUUGGAAUAUUCGCACUAUUUGGUCAAUAUCACUUUCACAGGAUUGGAGAGCAUCGAUCGGCACUUUAACAUCGAAGAUAUCACAUUCACAAUGAUCACGUACAACCCCGAGUUCACAGAAAUGGAAGUCUGGUUCCGAUUCUUCUUUGUCAUUGCCACAGUGGUCAUAUCUGUGGUUUUCAUGGUGAGCAUGAAGAAAUUCUCUUUGGAUGAUUGGUCCAUUGAACAAAAAUGGAUCAUUUUGCUUCUGCCCCUCCUCCUUGGGUUCAAUGACCCAAUAUUUGCUUGGACUCUGACCACGAGCAACUUGUUGCCCCCGGUUUGCGACGCCUUGUUUCAAACUAGUUUCAUUUUUGCGUUAUUGCUUUUUUGGCUCUGUAUCUUCCACGGUCUCCGCCAAACGGAACGUGGGAUCUACCGAUUCUACAUGCCAAAGAUCCUCUUGGUGGGUUGUAUGUGGUUUGCCGCUUUAACCAUGGCCAUUCUCGAGGAAACUAAUCAACUACGAGAUCCUAGUUUUAGUUUCCAAUUGAACACAGCCCACUACAAGAACUUCCAAAUGUAUUUCAUCGGCAUGUUGGCUAUUUAUUUGGUUUACUUGAUCUACUUGGCCCUUCGAGCAUUCGGGGAACUGCGGUCGAUGAACUUUGUGGAGGCGAGGUUGAAGUUCCAUACCUGCAGUAUGAUCGUGGUCCUUUGUCUCAUCGUGUCGAUAGUGAUCAAUCGAUAUGGAAAAGGGGUGCUCGAGGACAACUUUGUGGCCCGAAUGUACACCUCAUACGACAGCGGCUCCCAAUUCUUGGCCUUCUACACAGUCAUAAACUGCUACAUUUAUGUCCUAACCUACGUUUAUACCCCAACCUCGGCCCAAACUAGAGAGAACCAUCUUCUCAAGGACAAUCCAGCCUUCUCCAUGAUUAACGAAUCCGAUGAUGAAACCGAGGCUAUGCUGGUCCAAACGGACGAUACUCCGCCGAGCCAACCCAAAUUCGGAGGGCCCCACGGAAACUCAGCUUCCCGCCGCCCUCUUAUACUUGGACAUGACGAUGAUAGCGAUUAAAUGUGAUGAUUGUACGAAAGAGCGUUAGCACAAGGGAUGUCGUAAAGAAAAAUAUAUUUGUUCAAUGUGA